AUGGCCUCAUCGUCACUCGCUUUCCAACCGCGCUCGAUUUAUCAAAGACCGGAAGAAGAUGUCCUACUAUCUUACGAAGCAGAAGAAGAAAGAAUUCCAAACGUACUUUAUCAGAAACUCGAGCGGUUAAGAGAAGAGAAACAAGGGACCCAAAAUGAUCGAGAGAGAGACCAGCAUAUCGAUCGAUUAACAAGACAGAUUGCUCGAUUGGAGUCUCAACCAAUGUUGCUCGAAGCAAUGCGCGCCGAGAAUGCGCAACUGCGAACGCGAGUCACGGAUCUCGAGCGCGAUUUUCUCAGGGUAUCAAGGGUCAAUGAGAUAUAUAGGCAGGAGCUGCUGGAGCAUAGGCGCAGACUUGGACUGCCGUAUGAGAGUUUGAUCGGUCUGGGCUCGUCAGCUUCAGGGAGUAUCUCUAGCUCACCGGUAGAGACGAGGAGGCUUGUACCUGCUACUAGUGCAGUCCCGAUCCCUAGGGUACAAUCUCAGACGAGAAUGCACUUAGAGAGUGCACCGGAUUCGACUCCUCCUUCCUCUCCAUCCUACUCCCUCUCCCCGACACAACCGUUUUUCCCUAGCACAGGGUCGCAGUUUACGACUCUAACCACACCCUCCUCUGCACCACCACCACCCCAGCAGCCCUUGAACGGAGUCCUGAGCUUGAACGGCGCACUAAACGAACUUGCGACCCAAAGAUCGAACCUUACAUACCCCUCUGUCCCACCACCCAGCCUGGCGAGUAGUUUAGGAAGCGGAAGUCCGGUAGUCGGUACGGUCAAUAUGGCAAUGCGUGCACCGCCGAACAGCAGGAGACAAAGCAGAGGAGACGGGAGUGCGCCCAGGCCGAUUGCACCCUUGUCUAAUGUCUCUAGAAGAAGAGCAGGCUCAGCAAUAGAAGACGAGUUGGAAGAAAUCGACGAGGCGUAUUCAGAUGAGGAAGUACUCGAAGACGAUGAAGAUGAAUUAGGAAGGAGAUUCGUUGGAUUGGAGAUUGGCAGAAGGAUUGGCGGGGUUGAACUUGGGGAUGGCGUAGGGCGGGGGCCUCUGGAUAUAAGGAGUAGUCGAGGAGGCGGGCUAGGAUUGAGUGGGCCCCGAUAA